AAAAAAAGGCCAAGCGUCUGCUGCGCUUUUGUGUGGUUUUGACCAAAACAAAGAUAGAAAAGAAAAGCAUAAGCCGUCAUGAGCACGAGUGGAGGUUGGCAGGGACCUCCGGCCUGCGACACGCCCGCAGGCUACUCGUCUUCAUCGCCGGCUGCCCCGAAAUCGCCAGGCCCUUCAAUGCCGUCUGGGCUGACGACGAAUCAGCCCGGUGGAGCGCCGAAUGGUACCCACGCGGACGCACCAAACAGCUCGCGCGAGUCCAAGCCGUCGUCGCUAGCGCCACGGAACAACAGGGCCUGCGACGGCUGUCGAGCUCGCAAGGUCAAGUGCCUUUUCGAGCCCGGGAGGCAGGACUGUCACGGUUGCACUCUGCUCCAGAUCAGGUGCACUCACAACCGGCCCCGCAGGAAAAGGGGUCCACCAAAUAGGGCAAUCCAGAGCCUCGAACAGGAUGUCGCUGCUUUAUUUCCGGUUCCUGAUACUGCAGGCGGGGCUGAUCCUGGCGAAGGCCCAGUCAGUCCUUGGGCUCAACCACGAGAUUACGGGGCUCGUGGCGAUAGGCUUUCCCGACUGGCCUCGAUGGAGCUCGUUGAGCAGGUUCUGAAUGACUGGUUCGAGAAGCUGCAUCCCCUUACGCCAGUGUUGCACCGGCGACAUUUCAUGUGGCGACUGCGACAAGGCGAGGCAUCGUCAAACAAUCCUGCCGGUAAAAUAUUCUGUGCUCUGGUGGCGAGCACAUGCGCGGUAACAGCGGCGUCUCUUCGUUGUUGGGCCGGCUCCAUCAACGCGAGGCGGUGUCUGGCCUUCAUCGAUGAGCUGGAGCUGUUACAACGUCGUCCGGCAAGCGAGGCCGGCAGCGACACGUCCGAAUACUCACUUGAUUGGUGUAUAGCCAUGUACAACGUGGGAAUGGCCCUGUUCUCACUCUCUGGGAAUUCAACAUAUACCCCGGGUGUGCACGGGGCCAUGUCGCAGGCCGCAGAGGGCGUGAGGUAUAUCCUGCGCUAUCGCAUCUCGGACACCUCGUUUGCAGAUCAACAGUUACUCAAGAGGCUGCUGUGGCUGUUGUUUUGCUCAUCAAAUAUCAUGGAUACGAGAGGUCACCUUUCAUUCUUAGUUAUUGGCCACCACGAUGAUUUGACAUCAUUAAGACCACAGGAUCUGAACGAUCUCAGCCUCAGCGUCGGUCUUUACCAACAGCUCUCGGUCGACGACCUGAGUCCGUGGCACGGCGACCAAAUCUCGUACAUCCCCGCACUUCUCGGGCUCGCCGACCUGUUCAUGGUGUGGCACCGAGCCCAAAACGCCAUGAUGCGCGACGACGAGGAGGCCCAAGCCGCCCUGACCACGUACCUGGCAGAUGUGCAGUCCGUCAUGGACUCUCUACCUCCAGAGCUGUGCUGGCGCGGGGCUGCGACGAUGCCAGCGCGCGUGACCAUGGGCCACGACGCCCAAGUGGCCAACCUGAUAGUGACGAGCCUGUACGUCCGCUCCGACCUGCUCCGAAAGUUCCCCCCGACCGACGACGCCGGGCGGCGGCGGCAUUUCCAAGAACACGAACGCAUCGUGGACGGCCUGAUCGACGUCAUGUGGAACGUGCCCGACUCUGUUCUCGAGCACGACGGCCGGUGGGUGAUACCCAAGCUUAGGGAGUGCGCGGCGGCGUACGGUGAGUACAUAGACCUUGAGCUGGACGGGAUGAAGGUUUUCCCCGCCGGCAAGGUCAAGUUGGAUCUGUUGUUGAAGAAGCUGGAUAUCAUCGACUGCUGGCCUGGCCCAGUACGUUCUGAGAAUCAUGGAGUUGGUGGUGAGCGGUUGGGUUCUGAAGGGGCGGCAGUCUUUUUUGGGCAUGAUUUAUUGUGGAAUGACUUGAGGUUGGGGUCAUUGACACGUGUCGAGUGAUAUCAAAUGAAUUCAUAGUCGGAAGUAGCUCCCAGGUGCCUCGUACGUAUUGAAACUCUUGUCAUUUUGUGCACCAUGUCA